AUGAAGCAACCAGUUGUUGAUUCUCAGCAGGUUCAGGCUAAGGCUGAGCCGCAAACAGGGGAGGUUGUCGACAUCGAGGCUGGGUUUCUUACCAAGACUCGAAUAUGGAUCCAGAAGGUCGGCGCUGAAGAAUCCGGGAUCGAGCGAGUUCCUGAGGAUGCUCGUAUCAAGCAGAGCCCAUGGUCUCUAUUCCUGGUUUUCUUCAGCGCCAACUGCUGUACAGCAACUCUUGCACUUGGAUACCUAGGCCCCGCAACCUUCGGCCUGGGAUGGUGGGACUCUUUCCUGUGCAUCCUCUUCUACAACCUGCUGGGCUCCCUGUUCCCGGCUGCCGUCGCCCGGUUCGGCAACCGGACAGGCCUUCGGACUAUGGCCGUGCCUCGAUACUCCUUCGGAUGGUGGCCAACCAAAGUCUUAGCUGUCCUCAAUAUCAUCACACAGAUCGGGUGGGGCAUUGUCAAUGACCUCUCUGGUACCUCCAUUUUCUAUGAUGUUGGCGACGGUAAACUACCAUCAGCAGUUUGCGUUGUCAUCAUUGGCCUCAUCGCGAUCAUCGUUGCCGCCCUAGGUUACAAGUAUAUUCAUAUCUACGAAAGAUACUCUUGGAUAUUCAUGUGUAUUUGCUUCGCGAUCCUGGCUGGCUUCGGUGCCAAGGACUUUGUCAACCUCCCAAUGGGCACUGGCCAGACAGAACUAUCCGCUGUCCUCGGCUUCGGUACCGUCAUUUUCGGGUUUCAGAUUGCCUGGAUCCUUAUUGCUGCCGAUUAUAGUGUCUACAUGGACGAAAACACCAGCGACUGGGCCGUCUUUGGCUGUGCAUAUGGCGGCCUCUUUGUGGGCCAGUUCUUCAUUGAGAUUCUCGGAGCUGCCAUUGGUACUCUGAUCUCGAGCCCCGACGCUCGUUUCCAGGAAGCAUACGAUCGAGCUGGGAUGGGCGGUCUCAUGGGUGCCGUCUUCGCUGGACAUGGCAAUGGCGUUCGAGGGCUCGGCAAGCUCGUCGAGGCUAUCCUCUCCCUAUCAACGGCUGCCGUCAUUGUUUGCGGGAUAUACUCUAUCGGACUCAGUGCCCAGCUUACAUCAGAGAAGGCUCUCCGUGUCCCUCGCAUUAUCUGGUCGCUUCUUGGCGGUAUCAUCUUCUUGGUUUGUGCCAUCGCCGGCCGAGACCACCUCGAGGCUGUCAUGACCAACUUCCUCAACAUGUGCGCAUAUUAUCUGACGCCGCUCACAACCGUCAUUCUUGUGGAGCACUUUGUCUGGCACCGAGGAUGGAACUAUAACCUCGAGGCCUGGAAUGACAGGAACCAGCUUCCAUUUGGCAUUGCGGCUUCCGUCAGUGCCAUUAUUGGGACCGUCAUCGCCCUGAUGUGCAUGAGUCAAACUUGGUGGAUUGGUCCUAUUGCCCUCGCCAUAGGUGGCUCAGAGGCUGGGACCGAUAUUAGUUGGAUGCUUGCUCUCGGCGUGACCACGGUUUUGUAUAUUCCUCUUCGAUAUUGGGAGUUGCGCAAAUGGGGACGGUGA